GCUCGCCGCAGCGCUGCGGACGGUGACAGAGUCCAUCGGCUCGCUGAAGCUGCCCAACGGCGAGGACAUCGCGAAGCAGCUGACGCACGCGGCCGGCACGCUCAACGUCCCCGAGAAGAAGAAGCCGCCCAAAUCCAAGGCGGCGCGCCUCGCGGAGGCGGCGAAGGCGCUCGACUCCGCGACCCGCACUUGCACCUGGGCGUGCGAGCAGGCGGUGCUGGCCGAAGCGAAGGCGACCAAGGCCCGCGAGAAGUUGCAGGAGUGCGCGGACGCAGUCGUCAACGCCGAGGCCGAGAUCGAGGCCGUCCAGAACGAGGGCAAUCAGAAGGCGCCGAAGAGCAUUUUCGAGCAGCUGUUGGACACGGACGCCGACCUGCACUCGCCCAGCGACGUGCAGAUCGCCGGGGUCGAGGACGAGUUCCACCAGGACGAAGACCUCGACGCCGAGGGCAAGAAGGCCGUGGUCGAGGCCAAGAGACAGGUGCUCGAGCAGCUGCAGCGCAACUCCAGGGAGUUCGCUGCCCAGCUGAAGCAGCACCUCCAGGGCGCCAAAGCCAAGGCCGAGCAGGAGCGGGGGGAUAUCCAGCAGGUUUACAAGAAACGGCAGGCGGAGCAGCACACGACGGGGCAGGCCGCAGACGAGCCAACCGCCGCUGCUCCACCAACCGCAGGUGCAUCUGGAUCUGCGGCCCAGCACGACAACGACGCCCACGACAGCAAGGUGCCAACCGCUGCGGAGGACUACCUCCGACAGCGGCGGGACGCGGUGGUCUCAGCCGAGGCCCAGCUCGCGGACACGGAGCAUUCGUUGCAGAAGAUGGGCUUCUCAGCAGUGUUCACCGCGGCGCGCGCCAGCACGAACAGCUUCAGUGGAACUUGUGGAGGCGCGGGAGUCCUCACCAAGGGUCACCUCAAGGCAACGACACACCGACAUCGGGGAGAACGUACCAACGUCUCGGACGCCACAGCCUACGACGCCGACGACACCCACGCCACCUACCGCAUGUGCGACUGGGCACCAGUCGCUCUGCACCUGCGAGGCUCCCAACUCCUCAUCGUCUCCCUCUACCUCGACACGUGUCAUUCCCUCAACUCCGGCGAGAACUCCAGGAAGCUGACGUCCCUGGCCGCCUUCCUCGCCGCCGCGCGCGCGCCGUGGAUCAUCUGCGGCAGCUUCAAUCGCUCCUGCGCCGACCUGGCGCAGCCAGGCUGGACCGCAGCCCUCGGCGCCACCGCCUACGUGGGACUCGACGACAACCAGCGUGCGUGCCACCUCGGCGACGCGAAGCCCUCCAACAUCGACUGCGCGCUCGUCAACGAAGGAGGACAAAGACUCAUGCGAGGAAUACAACCAGUGCACGACGUACCUUGGAAGCCGCACAUCGGGAUCGACAUCGCUAUUCGAGCGGACACAGACUCCAACCUCGCCCGGAGGCUGCAGAUGCCGAAGGACCAGGACCCUAUGGAGGAAGACGACGCUGCGGACUACCUCGACGAAUUCGUGGCCGAACACGACGGCCACUACCCGCACUACUCCCGCGCCGUCAUCGACACCAUGCAUGAUUCGGAGGUGUACACACAUGUUGCAGCAGAGGUUCAAAGGGCUCACGCCAGCGACAUGGACUACGCCGACGACCACGAGAAUUCAGCGCUGCCCAACGACCUGGACUGCGACGAGGCUCCAAGGGCACCCGAGCAGAAACCAUUACUGAAGCAGCUCACCGAACGAGCAAACGGCACCGACGCCAGGACGCUCGACGACACCUGGACCGCUGCCAGCGUGCUC